AUGAGUUGCGAAAUGGAGACGCUGUUCGAUUCGUUUCAAAUCUUUCAAACUCCAUGGCCUGGGCUAGAGAAGAGUCAAGUGGAUGUCCUUCUCUCGUCUGAAUUCGAUCACGAGACGAGCAAGGAGCUGGAGAAGAUAGUCGAACGCGUCUGGGCGGAAAAAUGCGCUGCGAACUCGCGUCUCUAUUCAAAAAGCAAAUUCCGGCUGGGCUCGAUUCUGGACUCGCAAGAGAGGAGUAUUGAUAUCUACCGCCCGCAGAGCACUUCCCAGCACAGCAAAAUUACGCUUGGCAUCGGCGUGUCGGAUUAUAGACAGCAUGUUGGCACCAAUCUAAAUCCAGAAUCCGUUGAUUACAUCAAGAAGUGUGGCACUAGGUCUAUGUUCGCCGAUAUCAUUGGUGUGAAUGGCGUGCUAAUAACAUCAGACAAUUACAUCGUCAUCGUCAAGCGAGCAAGCUGGGUAGGCGAACACGCAGGUCUUUUGGACACUCCUGGCGGCCACGCAGAACCAAGCAAAGUCGAUUCGUCUUGUCCGUCGCAAGUGAGAGACGAGCUCUUCGACUCUUUCAAGGACGAAAUGCACUGCGAAUUCAACAUUUCAAAGGAAGAUCUGUCAGAGCCCAGGUUGUACGCUGUGGCGCGAUUGGGGACGCUUGCUGGAAGAGUAAACUUCUAUUUCCGUAUUACGACAUCGCUGACGAAAGAGAAAGUUGAAGCUUCGUGGAGAGAAGGAGGCAGCGAAACCGACGAAGCAACAGCCCUUACUUUUGUUCCUUUGAGCUCUGUUCCGCAAAUCAGAAAUUGGGAAAAGAUGCGACUCGCCCCAGCUCCACGCACAACGAACAUCGCCCGGAAAGAAAAGCCAGUUCUUGGCCGACGCGGUAUGAAGCGCAAGGCAACGGAAGAAGCGAAGACUGGAGCCACGCUCAAACAAUUGGACGGCUUCUACCCCGUUUGGGGCCGCGGAACCAAUAUCAAGGCUUGGCGUGUCUGGUGCAACUGGGAAGGGAGCGAAGACGAAUGGACAGCGGAAUUGGUCGACGAGUCAUCGCUUCUUCCUGAGCAACGGAAGCAAGCUAAAAGCAUGAUGCAGAAAAGUAAGACGAAGCUGAUCUAUCCUUGGCCCACGAUGAGAACCCGCCGCGAGCACUUGAACAAACUUGGUUUCCGAGCGUACAGACCUGACAAAAGAGGCCCAUGGAAGUGCCAGAAAAUGAGCGAAUUCAACGACGAAGACGGCAUGAUUGGCCUCCCAGAUACUGCCGACGAGGCGCACAGCAUCAGCGUCCGCGAUUUCAACCAGAAGUCGGGUCUCUUCUUCGACUCCGACAGCGACGUCUCAACUUACGAGGCGGACUCCGAGAACGAGGAUCGUCCCCGACGAACGCAGAUUCUCUACUCCAGCGCCGAUUCGGAAACCGAAGAUAGCGCCUAG